UUUGAAUGAAAAUUUCGUGCGACUAGCAAAAUCGUAAUGGGAAUCAAAGCGUGAUGUUUUAUUCAUGGGGAUUAACGACGGCCGAGUUUCUCCUCUUGACGAGCCACGCUUCGAAGGAGAAUAACCGUCAUUUGGACACGUAAUUCGCUUUCUCACCAGCAUCUCGUCCAUGCGAACUCUGCCUCGAGCCUUCGAAUGCCAACCUCUCAACUCAUUGCUUACGUGUCCGUCCGGGUAUCAGCAUCGGAACUGAAAGGGGAAUAGAAUACGCCCACAAAAUUUUAUCAGUUUUACGUCAGAUACUUUGCGCGACUUGAUACGUUGGGCUCGUUGUCAAUCGAUCCGUUGUGUAGUGAAUAUAUCAUUGUUGUGUUGUUUGACGUUCCCGCAUUCGGAUUCACAGACAAAUAAUUCCGUUGAACGAGGAUAAUCGAAUAAAAAAAUAAAAGAAGAAUAAUUAUAACAAGAACAAAUUGGAAAAUAAAGCAAGACAAUGUCGAAAGAUAUAAGUCUGCUGUCAGGCGUGAGCAAAUUAUUUACGGAGAAAACGCUUGAAGAUAUACUACGAAAAACAACUGGCGAAAAAGAUGUUAAAAUAUUGAGCUGGGAUUUUGGUGAGGCAAGUAAGAAAGGCGACGGUUACUUGUCUAUUGUGGACAGAAUCACUGUUAAGGGUGAGGCUGGUGGCAAACCUGCAAGUAUAUCGCUCGUUGUUAAAUCUAUGCCGAAGAAUGUUGGCAGAAGGAAAACAUUCAGAAGUAAAGACUUCUUUCACAACGAAAUCAUCUGUUACAAAGAGAUUUUUCCCAAGUUCAACGAGUUCUUGCACUCUAAGGGCUUAGCCGAUAUGGUCGUCGUACCUCGUUGCUUGGCAGCGGUCACAGAUGGAGAAAACGAUUAUCUUGCUCUUGAAGACGUCAGUGUUCUCGGAUUUGGUCCUGUGACUCGACAAAAUACAUUAAAUUUGUCGCAAUGUGAACUGAUACUGAAGGCUCUGGCGAGAUUUCAUGCUGUUUCAUUUGCGUACAAAGAUCAGAAGAAAGAAGAGUUUCAAAACUUGGCCGAUAAGCUGCUGGAAACCUAUUUCACUCCUGAACUAUACCAAUGGUACGAUAAAUUCCAGGGAAGAUUAUUCAAUAUUGUUAACGAUGCGCUAGCCAAAGAAUACCCAGGUAGCAAAACUGAGGAGAAAUUUAAGUCCUGCUCACGUCGAGAUUUUUACUUCAAGAGUGUAGAUUUCUGUAACAAAGUAUCUGCUCCAACUUCAGUUAUCACGCAGGGGGACUCGUGGGCACCGAACUUUUUAAUUCGUCAAUUGGAUGGUGACGAAAAUCCAACUGCUCUUGCACUAGAUUUUCAGCUCGCGAGGGCCUCAAGCCCAGUUCUAGAUACUUCUUUCUUCAUAUACACAUGCACAGAAAAAAGUUUACGCGACGAGCAUUACGAAGAUUUACUGAAAAUAUAUCACAACGAGAUCAGUAGGUGUAUCAGCUUGCUGGGAUCGAACCCCGAAAAAGUUUAUCCUUGGGAUUUAUUCAGGAAAGAGGUCCAGGAAUACACUCUGCAUGGAGUUAAUUUUGCCAUUGAGGCCGUGCCAUUCUCGUUACUAGAUUCGGACGAAGCAUUCGACUUGGAUAUAAUAAAGGGAGAUGAGGCAGUUGAUAUAGCCGAUGUUUGGACGAUAGGACCGAUAAAAUCCAAGGAAGGACGUCGUCGGCUUGCCGACACUUUAGUUCACGCUGUGGAAAACAAGUUUAUUUAAAAUUUUUGCCGCAUAGUUUUAAUAUAUAGUAAAUAAAAUUUAAAGUACGCUUGAUUCAUCGAGUUAAAUCGGAUUUAAAACAGCACAAUAUCGGUCAGCAUUCAAGAAGCGUAGUUACUCAACCAACGUUUCUUCUGGCAGGAUUAAUGUACAUUGCAUAGUGCACACUAUAGUUGAAAAGAAAGUAUUAUUCAACAUGAUACGUUGUAUUAUAUUAUCUGUUGAUGCAAAAUCAUCAAUGAAAAUAGCGUAAGUUGAAAAACUAGAUCAAAUUCGUCAUUCUAUUAAUCUUUUGCUAACGGGUAAUGGGAAAAUAAAAAUACCGCAGCAUAUAUCACAGAUUUGCAAUGUAAUGAAUUAAAUAGAUAGUAAUAUAUCACCUAUAAUAUAUAUUAUUAAAAGGAUAUAACAUUAAAUUAAAUCCGGUUCCGUC